AUGUCAACCUCUAGUAAUAUCGAAAUUAAAAAACAAAUCAAUGAAUAUAAAGAAAAGCUAGUUGAAAAAGGAAUGUAUGGCGAUAACUUUGAGAUCUUAUCUCUUGGUGGAUUUAUUGCCAAACAAAUUUUACUUCAUAAGCAGGAU